AUGGCCGUUUUCUCACCGCUGCUAAAAUGGCUUCGUACCUAUGUUCCAAAGAUCACAAUCGGUUACUCGGCCAGAACAUCCCAAAGUGCAAACAACAAGCUAGAUGGCAGUUCAUUGGAUGAUGAGAGAAUCGGAUCUUACGAUAUCCUUCAUACUCUGUAUAUCGUACGAGGUGAUAAAUUUACCCCACGCUCAAGCAGUCAAGCAACCCGAUGA